AUGAGCAGAUUAACCGCGCUAUAUAAAGCGGUCAGCAGCGGCAGGAGCUCCAGAAGGCAGUUAGGUUUGGCCCGGACUGGUUCACUCCUCCGAAAGGCACCAGGAGGCUAGGUGACAGCUCACUGAGGUCCCGGGGCAAACGAGGAGGCUGCGGUCGUGACGCGGUCCGCGGUCCGCGGGAGAGUUUCUCAGGUUAGGCGCAGGCGCAGAUGUGUUAGGAGCGGCCACUGAGGCGGACGACCCAGCAGCGCUUCCGGGUAGUUCGGUGGCGCCUCGGACUUGGGGUCCUCGACCGGGGCCAAAGACCCGAUCCCGCAAAGGCGGCUUUCCCCGGUGUGAGGGUCGCGGACCGCAGGAGAGGCGAAAAGAGCACGGAUUGGACCAGACCCGAACCACCGACCCUUGCCCAUGGCGGCCUUCGGUCCUGGCAGCCAGAAUGUCACUGAGUAUGUCGUUCGAGUUCCCAAAAAUACAACCAAAAAAUAUAACAUCAUGGCCUUCAAUGCAGCUGAUAAAGUCAACUUCGCUACUUGGAAUCAGGCCCGGCUAGAGAGAGAUCUGAGCAACAAGAAGAUUUACCAAGAGGAGGAGAUGCCUGAGUCAGGUGCAGGCAGUGAGUUUAACCGCAAGCUUCGGGAGGAGGCUCGGAGGAAGAAGUACGGCAUCGUCCUCAAGGAGUUCCGGCCCGAGGACCAGCCCUGGCUGCUCCGAGUCAAUGGCAAGUCGGGCAGGAAGUUCAAGGGUAUAAAGAAGGGAGGUGUGACAGAGAACACGUCCUACUAUAUCUUCACCCAGUGCCCUGACGGGGCUUUUGAAGCGUUCCCAGUGCACAACUGGUACAACUUCACGCCGUUGGCCCGGCACCGAACGCUCACUGCUGAGGAAGCCGAGGAGGAGUGGGAGAGGAGGAACAAAGUCCUGAACCACUUCAGCAUCAUGCAGCAGCGGCGGCUCAAAGACCAGGACCAGGACGAGGAGGAUGAGGAGAAGGAUAAGCGUGGCCGCAAAAAGCCCAGUGAGCUGCGCAUCCAUGACCUGGAAGACGACCUGGAGAUGUCGUCUGAUGACAGCGAGGCCAGCGGCGAGGAGGGUGUCAAAGCCCCCAAGGCCAAGAAGAAGGCACCGAUGACUAAGGCAGGCCGGAGGAAGAAGAAGAAGAAGGGGUCCGAUGAUGAGGCCUUUGAGGACAGUGACGAUGGGGACUUUGAGGGCCAGGAGGUGGACUACAUGUCUGAUGGCUCCAGCUCUGAGGAAGAGCCGGAGGGCAAGCCCAAGGUCACCCAGCAGGAGGAGGGUCCCAAGGGCGUGGAUGAGCAGAGCGAAAGCAGUGAGGAGAGUGAGGAGGAGAAGCCUCCUGAGGAGGACAAGGAGGAGGAGGAGGAGAAGAAGGCACCCACCCCACAAGAGAAGAAGCGGAAGAGAGACAGCAGUGAUGAGUCUGACAGCUCAGAAGAGAGUGACAUUGACAGUGAGGCCUCCUCAGCUCUCUUCAUGGCUAAAAAGAAGACUCCCCCCAAGAGAGAGCGGAAGCCAUCAGGGGGCAGCUCAAGGGGCAAUAGCCGGCCAGGCACACCCAGCACAGAGAGUGGCAACACCUCCUCCACCCUUCGCGCAGCUGCCAGCAAACUGGAGCAAGGAAAGCGGACAAAUGAGGCGACAGCAGCUAAGCGGUUGCGGCUGGACAGUGGACCCCAGAGCCUGUCUGGGAAGUCGACCCCUCAGCCCCAAUCUGGGAAGUCAACCCCCAGCAGUGGUGACGUGCAGGUGACUGAGGACGCUGUGCGCCGCUACCUGACACGGAAGCCCAUGACCACGAAAGACCUGCUGAAGAAGUUCCAGACCAAGAAGACAGGGCUGAGCAGCGAGCAGACAGUGAACGUGCUUGCCCAGAUCCUCAAACGCCUAAACCCCGAGCGCAAGAUGAUCAACGACAAGAUGCACUUCUCCCUCAAGGAGUGAGGGGCUGGCCCCCACCCUUUUGCCCAAUAAAUAAGCUGUCUCCAGAAGUUCAUGGGCUCUUGAAUUCCACAUACUCAUUGCUGUGGGUCCAACUGUCCACUUGUCACCCUGCUCCCUGAAUCCCAGGACCCAGCAUUAAUAAGUUGGAAAAACCUAAGCAGCAUUCUUCUCAAUUUACUUCUCUUAUUCUCACCCACUCCUCCUUCUAGAGCAGCCGUGGGCAAACUACGGCCCGCGGGCCGGAUCCAGCCCGUUUGAAAUGAAUAAAACUAAAAAAAAAAAAAAAAAAAAAAAAAAAAAAAAAGACCAUACCCUUUUAUGUAAUGAUGUUUACUUUGAAUUUAUAUUAGUUCACACAAACACUCCAUCCAUGCUUUUGUUCCGGCCCUCCGGUCCAGUUUAAGAACCCAUUGUGGCCCUCGAGUCAAAAAGUUUGCCCACCCCUGUUCUAGAGCCUUGAGAUGUCUCUCAGAACUUAUUUUGCACAUGGGGUGAUUUCUUCAGGUCUGUCUGCCACUUUGCCAGUUCUCUCUUCAGCUGUUUCUUUUUCAGAUCAGUUGGUCUGUGUGUUUUGUUUUUUAAAAAAUUUUAUUGAUUUCAGAGAGGAAGGGAGAGGGAGAGAAACAAAAUGAGAAUCAUUGAUUGGCUGCCUCCUGCAUGCCCUCUACUGGGGAUCAAACCAGCAAUCCGGGCAUGUGCCCUUGACUGGAAUCAAACCUGGGACCCUUCGGUCUGCAGGCUAACACUCUACCCACUGAGCCAAACUGGCUAGGGCUAGUUUAAAAUGUUUUUAUUGAUUUUAGAGGAGAAACAUCUAUCAGA